AUGGACCCGGGGUACUCCGCUCUCGCCUUUCCGCAGGGGCCGUGCCGCGGGGCUCCGCACGCCCCGUACCUUCAACGAGGGGACGGCGCCUUCCCGGCGCUGGGCACCACGGCCAGCGCCGCGCUCCCCGCUCAGGUUCCGGGGUACGCGGCCGCUGCCCCCGCUGCGCUGGGCCCCGGCUACCGGCCGUCCCGGGGAGCCGGACCGCCGGGCUACGUUACGUCCAUCCUUCCCGGGAGCGGCCGUCCGCCGCCGCCGGACCCCGGGCGGCCCUGCCCCUGCCUCGGCGCGGGGCUGCGGCACCUCUCGCCCUGCCCCGGGGCCACCCCCGCCCCCGGCUCCCCGGCCCCCGCGGCGGCCCCGGCGGCGCCCCGCACCUUCGAGUGGAUGCGAGCGAAGCGGAGCCCGCCCGGGAGAAGCGGUGCGGCGCCGUGCCGGGGGGAAGAUCCCGCCCGCUCCGCACGCACCAGCUUCAGUACCCGGCAGCUCACGGAGCUGGAGAAGGAGUUUCACUUCAGCCGGUACCUGUCGCGGGCCCGCCGCCUCGAGGUGGCCCGCUCGCUGCGCCUCCGCGACGCCCAGGUGAAGGUCUGGUUUCAGAACCGCCGCAUGAAGCAGAAGAAGCGGGAGCGGGAGGCGCUGGCCGCCCCCGCCGCUGCGCCCGCAGGUGUCCCGGGAGGCCCCGCCUGA